AUGCCUGCCACUGAAACCCCAGACUAUCAUGCUUCUUAUGAUGCAGCUAUGCAAAAUGCCGAAAACCGUGUUUUCCACCUUCUUCACUCGCUUGAAUGGCAACUUCAUACCGAGAAGAAAACUGGAUGUAUCUGGAGCAUGCGAUGCAACGUGAUGGAUAAUUACAUUUUCCGCUACGAAGGACGCAUCCCAAACAGAUCGUGUGCCGAGGUCUCCGCCAUGAUCCAUCCUCAAGGUCUACACCGCAACAAAUGGGACUCCCAGUCUGCUGGAGUUCGAAUCGUUGAGGAGAUCAGUCAUGACACUUCCGUUAUUCUCCACAAAACAAAGGGUCGGAUGAUGGGUUUGAUAUCGCCUCGCGAGACUCUCGAUCUCUGUCGUUUUGCGUACGAUCCAGUUGAUGGAAGUCGCUCGGUUGUGAUGGUUAGUGUCGAACACGAGAAAUCGCCAAAAACCGCUGGCGUGGUCAGAGCUCAAACGUUUCCAACACUGCUCAUGAUCAAUCCCCUCGGAGACGGCGUGAAAAUUACAUCUAUCGUACAAGGAGAUAUGUACUUGCAAGGAAUCCCACAAUCUAUCGUUGAUAGCUUGAUGCCAAAAGGAAUCCUCAACUUUUUCGAUGACUUGGUCAAGUACGCCGACAAGGAUGACACCAAAGUCUGCCUGAAUCGCAAUUUGACAGGAUGGUGUGGAGCUCAUCUUGAAAACUAA